UGACAAUGUUACUUGAUUGUUAAGUUCUUGGGAGUGCUGUCACCGAUCCAUCACUCUGAGCUAUACUGCUAUCUCCUCCCACUAUCUGACUAUCUUCCCCAAUUAGUCGGCGAAAACGAUACAGAGAAAAUGCUGAGUCUUUCUCUAUCCUAUCCAUCCCGCUCCUCUCUCUACAGCAAUGGCUUGCUUUCUUUGAAGUCUCCUCCGCCUUUUCACCGCCCCACACUUUCCCGUUUCUCUUCUCAAUCCCCUUCGCUCCAAAGCUCCACCUUUCUUGGCUACAAAUACAACCCCCUCAGUGUUUCGGUUGAUCUCAAGGGAGGGAUGAAGAAGAGACUGAGAAGUGGAGUGGUUUGUUACUCUGCGGCUCUGACCCCUCGAAAUCUCCAUUGGGUCUGCACUGUCUCCUCUGUGGUUUUGAUGCUUGCCAAGGGAACUUCUAUUCACAAAUCUUUUCUUGUUCCUUUGUUUGCUUUGCAAGCCCCUUCAACUCUCGACUCAUGGAUCAAGGGUGAGUAUGGCUUUUGGACAGCAUUCUUAGCACUGCUUGUUCGCCUUUUUUUCUUCUUUCCUGGUGAACUGGAACUUCCAUUUAUUGCAUUACUGAUGGUAAUUGUGUCCCCUUAUCAAGUUUCAAACUUAAGGGGGACAAAGGAGGGGGUCGUUCUUUCCUUACUGAUAUCAGCGUAUCUAGCUUUCCAGCAUUUCUCACGGAUUGGAAGCUUGCGAAAAGCAUUUGAUCAAGGUUCAAUCAUUGCAACCCUAGCCAUCUUGUGUAUUGUUGUUGUACCUUGGUUGCUCUUGAUCUGAACUGAAUAGAGAAGCAUCAUGAAAUUGGCUUCUCAUGUAAAUUAUUGGGCUAAUAAUAUCCAUAUUUCUUUUAAUCUUUGACAAUGAGGAGGCAUAAAAAUCACUAUAGUCAGUUCAUUUUGUUGGACUCGUUAAAAGUUACACCUUCACAUUCUUGCA